AUGGAGAGUGCACUGGCUGCCAGCACUGGAAGCCUCAAGGCGACUGGCAAAGCCAAAAGUGUAAGCCUUGAUGGUUCAAGGGGUGUCCCUUUGAUGAUGAAUGCAGCGCCCAAGACGCCAGGAGGACGUGCCUCGAAGCAGACCCCAAUCAUUCCAUCAAAGGAUGUAUCUCCGGAGCAGCUCCAACUCUUUGUGUUUCCUUCCAGCCUCGAGCAUCCGGAGGAUCUGGAGAUUAGACAAAUGAUCCAUCACCAGACGCGCGAGAUGCUCUUCACCCUCUUCAAGAAGCCGAGGGAGACUGUCGAGGCCGCAGUAGCCGAGUGGAUGUGGAAGCCGUGCUGUCGGCUCGACUUGCUGUGGGAUUGUGCAGAAGACCUUCAGCCCUUAAGCCACUUGUUUAAGGUUUUCAGGAGCUUGGAUGCCACCAGACGCGGCUGGCUCGGCCCCAGACAGGUCGCGCGAAUGGCAUGGGCCAUGGAGCCGCAGCUGGGCUUUCAGGAACUGGCGUUGCUGUUCCAGUGUUUGGGCGGCAAAGACGGGCGCAUCGCCCCAGUGGACUUCUGCAGAGCUUUCCAAGCAGUGGAUGCGGGCGUGCCAGCAUCCUCAACACAAGGAGGGGCGCCGGUGAAUGUGGGACCCGCGUUCUCACCGUCCAGGCGUGGGGACGGCCCUACUCCACAGCUCUCACCGCAGAAGGAGGACCCUCGUGCUCCUUUGCGCGGCGGCGGCCGGUUUCGCCCGGGGUUCAACCUCCGGACUCGGCAAGAUGCCAAGCGAAACUUGACGUCCUCGAGUCGAGAGACAAGGACGAUCCAGCCUCUGCGGGGCAUUCGAAGUUUGGGCUUGGAAGCUGAUGCUGCUGCUGCCCUACAGGACUUCGUCAGAAGACACAAAAGUGAGCCCCAGAGGAGCCCGCCUACUGCAGGUCGACAGGAAAUCGUGCCCUCCCCAAGAAAACCUAUUGCGAGCCCAGCAGAAGUGCCGAAGCCAGCCGCGACGGCACCGAGCUACAGCAGUGAGGAUUUCGACGGCGAACGUUCCGACGGAGCCUACAGUGAUAGCUUCCAGAAUGAUUACGACAGCCAGAGCUCUGGAAGCAGCCCGCGUGAGAAAUCCAGUUUCGGGGAAUGCGGUUGUGUCAUUGUCGACGGAUUAAUGCCAGCAGCGAUGGCAUACAACUACACGUGGAGCGAGGUGAAGCAGCUCUUGAAGCCUUGCUUCAAUGAGAUGGGGAGCAACGGCGGGAAGUUGCACUUCGCGCACAUGCAGAAGAUAAUUCUGAAGAGCCAGAAGGAACGGCUGCAGGCUUUGCUCAAGGAUAAGAAUGCUGCAUUUAAGGAGCGUGGACCCAAGGUCCCCUUCCAGUCAAAGCCCCAGCAAGCGCUCCUCGCACCCAUCGCCAAGAAGCAGUUGAACUCCUGCGAGGAGCAGCUCUGGAGGCGGACGCGGCUUCAGAGACACUGCACCAAAGUGGCUGAAAUGGAGGACCAAAACCUACAGGAUCAGCUGGUCUCGAAUGUCAUACUUUGCCGAAAUCCUGGCGACGUCGACGACAGAUGGGACCGCUAUUGUGCUGUCAGACGUGUGGGCAAGGCCACCUAUGUGAAGGCUAGAAACCUGCCUCACAGCGGCUAUGCUUCCAUGGACGAUGGCUUGUCUGACAAACACCCAGGCGUUUCUUCCCUGAUUUCUGCGGGCUACGCCAAGGGGCCAAUUCUUUGA